CUUCCGGCGGCGUGACCAAUUUGUGUGAGGCCGGCGGUUCCGGAGCUGGAAGGGUCUGCGCUGGUGGCCGGGAUUGUAUUAGGGAUCUUGGAAACACUGCCAUCAUGUCUGACAUUCAAGAAGCCACUAGCCAGCUCCUAGACGUGAACCUUCAUGAGAACCAGAGAUCUGUACAAGAGGCAGAAAGUGACCUCAGAAGUGAGUCUGAACUUCUAGUCACUAUUGGAGCCACUGUACCUACUGGCUUUGAGCAAACAGCUGCAGAUGAAGUGAGAGAGAAAUUGGGGUCAUCGUGCAAAAUCAGCAGAGACCGUGGCAAGAUAUAUUUUGUCAUUUCAGUGGAAAGUCUGGCUCAGGUUCAUUGUCUGAGAUCUGUUGACAACUUAUUUGUAGUUGUUCAGGAGUUUCAAGACUACCAGUUCAAAAAAACAAAGGAAGAAGUUCUAAAGGAUUUUGAAGACUUGGCUAGAAAACUCCCAUGGUCAGAUCCUUUAAAAGUAUGGAAAAUUAACACCAGUUUUAAGAAAAAAAAAACAAAGCGCAAAAAGAUAAAUCAAAAUUCAAGUAAAGAGAAGAUUGAUGAUGGAAAAGAAGACGAAACAGAUGAGACCGAUGUUAAAAAAGAGUUCCCUGGCAAUGCUUUAGAGUCACAUAUCUUAGAUUAUUAUGAAAAUCCAGCCAUCAAAGAGGAGAUAUCAACAUUAGUAGGUGAUGAUUUGGCAUCUUGCAAAGAUGAGACUGAUGAGGGUGCAAAACAAGAAACUGAGUCUCAAGUGCUAAAAUUUAGAGUCACAUGCAAUAGGGCAGGGGAGAAACAUUGCUUUACCUCAAAUGAGGCGGCAAGAGAUUUUGGAGGUGCUAUUCAAGAUUAUUUUCAGUGGAAGGCUGACAUGACCGACUUUGAUGUGGAGGUACUUUUGAAUAUCCAUGGUAAUGAAAUCAUCGUGGGCAUUGCAUUGACUGAAGAGAGUCUCCACCGAAGAAAUAUCACACAUUUUGGACCCACAACUCUUAGAUCAACUCUUGCGUAUGGGAUGCUCAGGCUCUGUGAUCCUCUACCUUAUGAUAUAAUAGUCGAUCCAAUGUGUGGAACAGGGGCAAUACCAAUAGAGGGAGCAACCGAAUGGUCUGACUGUUACCAUAUUGCUGGUGAUAAUAAUCCACUGGCUGUAAAUAGAGCAGUAAAUAACAUCUCAUCUUUAUUGACCAAGAGCCAAAAUACAGAAGGGAAACCAUCGUGGGGCUUGCCCAUAGAUGCUGUUCAAUGGGAUAUCUGCAAUCUGCCCUUAAGAACAGGCUCAGUGGACGUUAUUGUAACAGAUUUGCCAUUUGGAAAAAGGAUGGGCUCCAAGAAGAGAAACUGGAACCUUUAUCCAGCUUGCCUACGGGAGAUGAGCCGUGUCUGCACACCUGCAACAGGCCGAGCUGUACUUCUUACUCAGGACACGAAAUGCUUUACCAAGGCAUUAUCUGGAAUGCGACGUGUAUGGCAAAAGGUGGAUACAGUCUGGGUGAACAUUGGGGGUCUUCGUGCUGCAGUUUAUGUUCUGGGACGUACACCUCAGCCUUUUGUGCAUCCUGUUGAACGAGGAACUCCUUGGUUCCCCAUCUGUGGAUCCAGUCAACUGUGGAUUGAAAAUAUGUGAAAAAAACAACCAUGAUACAAAUAAAAAUAAACAGUGUGACAGCUAUUUACAUAGCAUUUACAUUGUAUUAAAGUAUUAUAAUCUAGAGAGGACUUGAACAAGGUAUUUGCAGGGGUCCUGAAACCAAUCUCCCAAGGAUACGAAGGGUAAGUGUAUACUUCUGUAGAUGAGCUAUGAACUUAGAAUUCAUGUCUGGACAUGAAUCUUUUUUUUUUUUUUCCUUUGUUUUGAGACAGUCUGUUACCUUGGCCACUGUUGUCAGCCCAGCUCACAGAAACCUCAAACUCCUGAUCCUCCUGUUCAGCCAACAGAGUAGCAGGGACUGUAGGAACCUGCCACAACCCUGGCUGAUUUUUUUUCUAUUUUUGGUAGAGACAGGGUCGCUUGCUCAGGCUGGUCUCAGAACUCAUGAGCUCAAAGGAUCUACCAGCCUUGGCAUCCCAGAGUGGUAGGAUUUCAGAUGUGAGCCACUGUGACUGGCCUGCAUGUAAAUGCUUCAUGAUAAACUGCUGUUAUCAUUCAAAAGUGGCCCUAUUGUGACCUACUUGCUUUUCAUCCGGCAGACAUUCAGCAAUGUGAACUUUUAAGUUUCUCUGCUAUUUUUUGUUUCUCCAAUAUACUACAAUAACUUAUCCUUCAAGAUUUCAGUAGCUUGUUCAUUUCUGUUUUGAAAAUCUGUAAUGUUGGGGUGGGGCACGGUGGCUCAUGCUUGUAAUCCUAGCAUUCUAGGAGGGCGAGGCGGGUGGGUUGCCUGAGCUCAAGAGUUCAAGACCAGCCUGAGCCAGAGCGAGACCUCAUCUCUAAAAAAACAUAGCAGGGUGUUGUAGGUGCUACUUGCGAGGCUGAGGCAAGAGGAUCACUUAAGAACAAGAGUUUGAAGUUCUUGUGAGCUAUGACAUCACAGCACUCUACCUAGGGUGACAAAGUGAGACUUGUCUCAAAACAAAAAACCCCUGUAAUGUUAGUGCCAUGGCAUCACAGCUCACAGCACCCUCAAACUCUUGGGCUUAAGCAAUUCUCAUCUCAGCCUCCCAAGUAGCAGGACUACAGGUGCCCACCACAACACCCGGCUUUUUUGUUGCAGUUGUCACUGUUAUGCCGUAACCACUGUGCUACAGGUGCAAAGCCAAGUAAUGUUAGUUUUUAUAUAUUCAUUUUUGAUAGUUUCUUUUGAGUCAAUCCUUUUUGAGACAAUCUUGGUUUGGGGGCAUUUUUAAACAUAGAUGAUAUAAGCAGGUAAAGAGGGGUGGGGUCUUGUCUUUAAACCAAUGAUCCAUUCUUAAAUGUGAGGAAAAUAUAAAUUUAGUUUUAGUUUUUUUUUUGUUUUUUUAACCCUGGGUAGAAUACUAUGGCAUCACAGGUCACAGCAACCUCCAACUCCAGGGCUCAAGCAAUUCUCCUGCCUCCGCCUCCCAAGUAGCUAGGACUAUAGGCACCAGCCACAACACCUGGCUAUUUUUUGGUUGCAGCCAUCACUUGUUUGGCCCGGUCUGGAUUCGAACUCGCCAGCUUAGGUAUAUGUGGCUGGUGCCUUAGCCGCUUGAGCCACAGGCACUGAGCCACAAAUUUAGUGUUUAAAUUAAAUUUAAAUUAAUUUAAAUUUAAAAUUUAUUUUUUACUUUAUUUUUUUGUAGAGACAGAGUCUCACUUUAUGGCCCUCGGUAGAGUGCCGUGGCCUCACACAGCUCACAGCAACCUCCAACUCCUGGGCUUAAGCAAUUCUCUUGCCUCAGCCUCCCCAGUAGCUGGGACUGCAGGUGCCCGCCACAACGCCCGGCUAUUUUUUGGUUGCAGUUUGGCUGGAGCCGGGUUUGAACCCGCCACCCUCGGUAUAUGGGGCUGGCGCCUUACCGACUGAGCCACAGGCGCCGCCCUAAAUUUAAAUGUUUAAAUUCUAUAACAUUUAUAAACUUUAAAGUUUUGGAAAAAUACUUAAGACAAAAUAUGAUUAUGCUUAGACACAAGGACAACUGUAGGAUUUCAAGGUAACAAUUACAUGAUAUCGAGGUUGCAGAGAUUUCAGGAGGCAUAAGAGCUCGAGUUAAUUUUUUUUUUAGUUAAUUUCUUACAACAGGGAAUGGCAGGUGGAAAGAACCAAAACUAAAAAAAA